CGUACAUCUCUUGAUGUGCAAAAGCUUCACGAACUCAGAGCCGCCAACAGCGAACUACUGCGUAAGGCGAUCUUCUACCACCUCUGAUUAGUAAUUCUGGUUUGCUCGUAAAAGCGGGGAUGGUUAAGUUAACCUGAAAAUCAAUAUCUUCCAGAGAUAGAUGUGCAUUUUCCAUUCUUGGUGAACCCCUAGGUCUUUCUCCAUAAACCAUGGAUGCGAAACUCAAUUUCAGCACCCUCAAGGCGCUGGCGGCACGCGUCCCGCUUCUGCUAAAGGUAACCGUUUUGCAUGUUUUGAAGCGCUCUCCCGCUGCUGGCAAGCAGGACUUGCAGGUGGAGCUCACAGUCAACUUGAUCCGGUCAUUUAUCUCGUUUGAUUACCCAUUGGGCAAAACGCAGAGGAGCACCUUGAAGGAUCCCGGCAUCAAAGGCCCAAUGUGGGUGUCGAAAAUUAAAAUGCCUAAGCCCGCUGAAUCCUCUGUUCUGCAGUCUUUGAUCAAGGCUAUUGAACAUCAUAAGGAGGGCCAUGAAACGUAUGAUGUACCCCAGCUGGCCGAUGUCGAGGCGGAGUGGACGGGGCACCGGAGCGGAGUGAAUGCCAAGGCUCCGCAGCCAGAUGUCUCCGAAGCGGAGAAGUAUAAAUCUAUGAUGGCGGAGGUUAAGGAGGAUGUUACGAUUCUCUAUUUUCAUGGCGGCGCAUAUUAUUUGAUGGACCCAUGCUCGCAUCGUCCAACAACGGCCAGACUGGCUAAGGAAACGGGCGGGCGCUGUCUCUCUGUCCGCUACAGACUGGCUCCCCAGAACCCGUUCCCAGCAGCCCUCCUUGAUGCGCUGGUAGCCUAUCUAUAUCUCCUCUCCCCGCCUGAAGGAUCUCUGCACACACCCGUCCCUGCGAACAAAAUUGUAUUCGCCGGCGAUUCAGCCGGCGGCGGACUCUCUCUCGCACUUCUACAGACCAUCCUUACAAUCCGCCAUAUGUCCCCUAACCCAACAAUCCAGUUUCACGGGAAGGACGUACCCCUCGAGCUUCCCGCAGGCGUCGCGACAUCAAGCCCGUUCGGCGACAUUACACUCUCCCUGCCAUCGACCAGCAAGAACCUCCAUCUAGACUACCUUAUCCCAAUCCACGACCCGAAUCGAGAAUUCAAACCAAUGCCUUUCCCCGAUGACGCUUUCUGGCCCACAUCCCCACCACGCGCCGAACUAUACGCCAACGCAGACAUCCUAACCCACCCCUUCGUCUCACCCCUAAGCGGGCCGAAGGAGAUAUGGAAAGACGCCCCACCGAUAUUCAUCACCAUCGGCGAAGAGCUGAUCGAAGACGACGGCACGUACCUGGCGAAAAAAGUGCAUGAGGCCGGCGGCACGGCCGUCCUCGAACGAUUCGACGGCAUGCCGCAUUGCUUCGCGCUCAUCUUUGGCGAUUCUGCGGCUGGGAAGCGGUGCUAUCGCGGCUGGGCGGAUUUUUGUCUUGAUGCUGUGCAUGGUCGUGUGAAGCGGACGGGGCAGGCGCUGUAUAUUCAUCGCGAUGGCCGGGGGACGGUAACGAAGGAGCUGGGCGAGAUUGGGUCGUUGAGUUUGGAGGAGGUGCAGCGGAUGAUAGAUGCGGGGAGGGAUUGGAGGGUUAAGGGGGAGGCCGCCCUUGUGAAGGCGUGGGAGCAGAGUCAGAAUAAGGCGAAGUUGUAGGUUGGCCAUGAUAGAUGGAUGGGGCAGUUUAUUGCUUUCUCACUUGCUCUUGUUGGACUAGUUGUACUGUACAUACUUUAGAUGAAGAUGUAUAUAUCAGGUCGGUCAGAUGGUAAUCUCGGCUCAACAGGGACUUCUGUAAUUUUUAAUAAUAUAUAUGUAUAUAGAUAUAUUCUCCCUAUAUUCCUUCUGUUCAAGGAAUGUCAUCUUUGCUCUAGGGAAACUUAUUUAUGCGUUAGAUUCAACAAACAGGUAUCAUUUCC